AUGUUAACUCCAGACCAGUUAUAUGAUUGUAAAAGCAAUCUAGUUAAAGUCUGUACUGAACUUAAGAAUAUCAAUGAAAAGCUUCGAAAAAUUUGUGAAAAACCUAAAAUGGUAUGUGGUUUAGCGUACAAUGAAAUGAUGCUUAAAAUAAAAAAAACUGUUGAGGAGCUUUCGGAUGAAAGAAUAACUGAGCACGAUAAAUGUAACAAAUUACAAAUGAGAUGUCAUUUUCUAGAACACCAUAAACCAUGGUAUCUUAAUAGCGGAUGUAAAAAAUUAAAAGAGCAUUGUUAUAAAAAGGUCCGUAUGGAAGUAGCACAAGUAAUUCUUUAUGAUCUUUUAAGAGGAACUUCUAACGAUUUUAAUAAAUGUUUAAGAAAACUCAAAAGCGAAUGUCUAUCACUCAAUCAACGAAGUCCAGAAUUGCUCGAUUUGUGUACUAAUGGUGCUAAUGUUUGUCUUGAAUUUAUUUCAAAUUCUAAGAAAGAAUGUCAGAAUUUUCAAAAUCUGUUUUUAUCAGAACAAAAAACAAUAUCUGAAAAAAAUUGUCUAAAUUGGCUAAAAAUAUGCUAUUACAUUAUUCCAGAUUGUAGAGUUCUCUACCAUAGCUGCCAUUCAUUUCGAAUGAGUUGCGCAGAAAGUGGUUUUUUUUUUAAUUCAAAAGAUUACAAUUUUGAUCUUUUUGAAAAUCCAUCUACUUAUAUGGUAGAAAAUGGGGUCCAAUAUGCCUAUGAAAAAUUGCAUAAUUUAGGUAUUUAUGUCUCUGAAAUACAGGAUCUUCCAGAAAUAUUCGUUCUUGAGCUUUUAGUUCAAAAAAUUACUACGGGACGUAAUGACUGUGUAAAAGCCUUAAAUAAAAGAUGUCCUUCGGCAGAAUAUUUAGAAUUUGCUAAAUCAAUAUGUAAUAUCAAAUUUCAGAGUGGUAUUCACUAUGCUUGUAUUAACUUAAACCAUAAAGCCGAAGUUUACUGUGAACCCUUUUUGGAUAAACUCAAAAAGGGUAUUCAAUUUUGGUGGUAUCCACAUCUUCCUCUUUCUGAGACAGAAUGUAUAGAAUAUUUGUCAGCAUGUUAUUUCGUUGAUAAUUAUUUUAUUUAUUGGAAGACUUAUGAUAUUUGCAAAGAUAUACGGCUUGUUUGUUAUCAAGCAGGUUUAGAAAUAGCAGCCAAUAAGGCUCUAAUAAAAAGGCUAAGUGGGAAAUUAAGAUUGGGAAAAAGUUACUCUGAGUCUUUAACUGAUAGAGUUCUGAAUGAUUGCAAAAAAGUUCUUUUAAAAGAAUGUGGACAAUUUAUGUACUACAGCUUUCAUGUAUUAUAUAAGUGUCUACAUCCACAGGAAACAUGUAAAAAUUUGACAAAUAUUCUUUACAAGGAUUUUAAAAGAUUUGAUGAAACUUUAAAGUAUGUAAUCAUAGAACCUACUUAUGAUACAUGUAAAGAACAGAGAGAAGAAUGUCGUAGAUUAGGGCCAUAUUUUGAGUAUACUUUGAAUUUAUGCAAAGACCUCGAUCAAUCUUGUAAAAACAUAGAUGAAUUAAUAACUUUGAAAUCAAAAAUACUUAAAGAAAAUGACUCAAAUUUACUUAAUGAAACUACUUGUCUUAGCUAUCUCAAUAACUACUGCAUACAAAAUAAUAUAGGCUAUGCAUGCGUUAAUAAAACAAUAUCAUGUAAACAUAUGUUAGAUUAUGUUUCAAAGCAAUGUCAGCAAUUAUCUCGUCAUUUAUUAUAUUAUGGGUUUUCUAAUAAACAAGUGACUCAUAUGGAACAUAGUCGUUGUUCUUAUUUCAUUCAUUACUGCAAAAUGCUUAAAAGGAAUUGUCCUAAUUCUUUAGACGAUAUGUGUUCUGAAGUUGAAAAAAUAUGUGACAAUAUUUCUACUAGAAACAAAAAAUUUAAUGAUCUAAUCAAAAUACUUAAUGAAGAAAUAUCUACACAUGAUAGAUGUAAAAAAAAAAUACUUAAAGAAUGCGAGAAUUCUACUAUAAAACAAAUAAUAAAUAUAUUAUGUACUAAUGCAGAUGAUACAUGCAAACAUUUAAGAAAACAUUUAGAAAAAGGUUGUGAUCAGCUUGCAUUAGAAAUCUAUAAGUUCUUAUUUGCAAAUUCUAAUUCUACUACAGAGUGUAAAAAUUUAGCAUCUAUAUGUUCAUCUAUAGGUUAUUCUUGUGGUAAAAUUAAUAAUAAACUUGCUACUAUAUGUAGUAACUUUACUAUUAAAUGCAAGUUAUUAGAGUCAAUGCUACCACCACCUCCACCAUCGCCACUACCACCACUACCACCAUCAGAACCAUCAGAACCAAUACCGCCACCAAAACCAAUACCGCCAUCAGAACCAAUACCACCACCAGCACCAUCAGAACCAUCAACACCACCAAAACCAAUACCACCAUCAGAACCAAUACCACCACCAGCACCACCAGCACCACCAGCACCACCAGCACCACCAGCACCAUCAGAACCAUCAACACCACCAGCACCACCUGCACCACCUGCACCACCUGCACCACCUGCACCAUCAGAACCAUCAACACCAUCAACACCAUCAGCACCACCUACAUCGCUACCACCGUCAAAACCAGUUCCAUUGCCAUCAUCGUCACAAUCUGUCUUAAGACCAACAGAAUCAUCAACUACAUCAAGUUCAUCAACUUUUUCAAAUUCAUCAAUUAUAUCAAGUUUAACUUCAACUACAUCAGAAUCAUCGAUUGUGUUAGAUUCAUCUAUUACAUAUAAUUCAUCAUCUGCAUCAAGUUCAAUUACAUCGAAUUUACCAAUUACAUCAAAUAUCUCUACAUUAACAAAUUCAACUAUAUUAACAGGCUCAUUAACCACACAUUUAACAUCUACAUAUUUAACAUCUACACGUUUGACAUCUAUAUAUUCAUCAAAGUCUGUACUAACAACAUCAUCCGAUAGCCACGAAAAAGGCUAUGGAAUUAAAAUAGAACUACAAAUGAUAAAAUUAAUUUGGACAACCAUAGAAAUACUAUUAGGGUUAUGGAUAAUUGUUAUAUAA